AUGCGAAUCGGUCGUUUAAUGAACGGUAUUCGUGUGGCCUCAGCACAGACAACAAAUUUGUCGAGAAGAUUUGUUCAUAAAGGUGUAGAAUGUACACCACCAAUGCGUUUUAUUAGUGUUCCGCAAAAGAUCGGAAUGUACAUGUUUAUAGCGACAGUGUUUUUAUCGUAUCCGACGUACGUGUUGUUCAACUUGGAUAACUUAAGACCUCGACCUGAGAAUGAGCUCAGUCCUGAGGUACAAGCUGAGAUCGACAGACGCGAGGCAGCCCGACGUGCAGCGGGCGGGGUGGUAGCGUCACCGUUCAUUUAA